AUGCUCCCCGACGCCAUUUUGUUGAUGCCGGAUUUCUUCGGUCCCAACCCUGCCGACGUGAAGCUGUUCCCGCCACGCAACCCGGAAGAAACCGCCGCCGUGUGGGAGUGGUUCAAGACGUACGCGACGCCCGACAUGCAUCUGCCCAAGAUCCCGGGCCUUUUGGCCUCGGCAAAAGACAAGUACCCUUCCGUCGACGGUGACAGGUGGGGGAUCAUGGGGUACUGCUGGGGAGGCAAGAUGAGUUCGUUACUCGCCGUCCAGCAAGCCCAAGCCCAGGCCUCGACGACUGGCGAUCAUGCCACCCAGGGACAGAAACCGCCCCAAUUCAAAAUCAGUGUCAUCGUCCAGGCUCAUCCAGGUUUGAUCGACCCCAGCGAAGCCGCCGAGAUAGGCAUCCCCGUGUGCAUGCUGCCCAGUAUGGAUGAGAACGCCGACGAAGUUGCCAGGUAUGAUGCGAAUUUGACCAAGGCUCCCAAACAUGUCGAAAUCUUCCCCGACCAGAUCCAUGGUUGGAUGAGUGCGCGAGCGGACCUGAGCGACCAGAGAGUCAAGGACGAAUAUCAGAGAGCAUAUGGGAUCGCGGGCGAAUGGUUCAAGAAGUAUCUGUGA